AUUUCUAUAAAUCGGGUAGAUAGGGUGUGGUGUCCGUAUAUAUAGAAGGUAUUUUAACACCGCAUCAUUCUUAGUCCCGUAAAAUAUCAACAUGUUUGUAAAACUGGCCGUAUUGGCUUGUUCCCUAGCAGCAGCGCAUGCCGCUUGGAACGGUCCCUUGGCAGGGGGGCAGCCAGCUUCCCUCUACCCAGCAGGAGUGAGCCCCCAGGCCUGCCCCAACUUCCCCCAUUGCUCCAACCCAGCCGUAGCCGCCAACCCCAACCAAGCCGCUCCCCAACAAUGGGGCAACCCACAGCCUCAAUGGAACCACUGGGACAACAACAACCAAUGGAACCACGGUAGUCAGUGGAACCCACAACCCCAGUGGAACCAGAACAACAACUGGAAUGCACAACCCGUUCCACAGUACAGCAACGAUAUUCAGGCGAGACUGAACAGGGGAGAGUACGUUGGGGAUGGUGAUUACCACGGUGAAGGUCUUGCUGAAGCUCUUGCUCCGGGAUAUGCUCCGGCAUAUGGAGGUUGGCAAAAUCAAGGGGGAUGGAACCCAGGUCCAAACCACGGUGCCCAACAAGCCCACGGGGUAGGUCAAAUCCCUGCUGGAGUCGACGCCCGUUCAUGUCCGAACUACCCCUUCUGCAGCUAAGCAGGCUAGGCAGCCAGCUGACAGCAUGUUGUGCAUAUUUUUAGUCUUAAGUAAUUCGAAAAUCUAAGUCUGUAGAACCUGUAUUUUAAAGCUGUGUUUAAGAAAAGAACCCGGUGAAAUAGUGAAUUUUUUUUC